UCCAGCACAGCUUAAAACGACAGCGUUUUUUAUUUGUUUGCCUGCCUCCACUGGAAAAAGUGAACUGAGCUCCGUCCACAAUUUAACACAGUCAACACGCAAGUGACUCGAUUCAGCAAAGUAAGCGAAACGCUUUGGAAAAGAGAAGCUGGUAUAGUUGGUACCAAACUCAAUAAAAAACAAAUCGAAAUCGAAUUCACUGCUUUCACUUUGACGAAGAAACAAAUACCAUGAGUGAAGACACGAAGAAAAGCAACGGCGGAGCUCUUGUCGUGAAAACCGACUCCGAUGAUGGGAAACCCACCCAGCCGGUGUCGCAAUCUGUUAAAAGAAUCAUCAUCAAGAGCGCCGACAUGAAAGACGAACUGCAACAAGAAGCUGUUGAUAUCGCCAUCGCAGCAUUUGAGAGGAACAAUGUAGAGAAAGAUGUAGCAGAGCGAAUAAAGAAGGAGUUCGACAAGAGACACGGACCCACUUGGCACUGCAUCGUUGGUAGCAAUUUUGGCUCAUAUGUCACGCAUGAAACAAACCACUUUGUUUAUUUCUACUUGGAUCAGAAAGCAGUUUUGCUAUUCAAAUCUGGUUAAUGAGGACAGCGAUGUUGAUAAAUAUGGAUGAAAAUGGUGCUGAUGAUGAGUUUAUGUUCAUCAUGUGAGAGUUGAUGUCUGUAUGUAUUAAUCAAGACCUGCUGGCUAGUGAAACCUCUGAAUGGUGAUACUUGUGCUUAACUUGUAUAUUUGUAUCCACUGAAACUUAUCUUGAAACCUCAUACGGAUGUGAAAUGCUUUCUGUUUUUCUUUUGAAACUCUAAAUGGCGAAUGCUGAUUCUUGUGCUUAA